AUGUUGACGGCAUCUGGUCUCAUGGUUGGCUUUGCGUUUGCGGCAAGCACCGUGGAUGAAUCUUGCAGUUAUGUAGUGAAUGUUUGCGGCCAUGAUUCUGUUGGGCUUCCACUUGCCCGAAGUAUGAACGCAGUGGAUGCCGAGUACGUAGAGCACCAUGGAGUCGAUAAUCUUAUUAUCCCCAUAUCCGUCAGCGAGCCGAAAGAAACAAAAAGUGGUGAUUACGCAUACUGCGUGGAUGUUGUCGUGCAUACGCUUUUGAUUAAAAAGUGCUGUCCCGGGCACCGCCUUCUUCAGCACUUGACGGAGAAACUGGUGACGCUUUCGAUUGAAUGGAUUCGAAAUGAGUGUGGUGUGCAACUGCUACCGAGGUCUUGUCGAAUCGCUGGCAACCCCUUUUACUUUGGCGACACCGUUGACACAUCGAAGUCAGUGGCAUCGAUAAUCGAGCAGGCCGCUGGGCUGCUUCAGAGGAAGUCAAGUAGUUCCGAUUCUCGAAAGGACGAGCAAGACACCAUUCCGGAGGCACUUAAUUUACUGAAGGCACAGGUACCGGAGUGCAAACAACCGCUGAUUCGUGAAGUGAUAUCAACACCAGGGAUCAAAAAAGGGUUUUUGGUGGACGGAAAUGCACGACUCUACAGCCCUGAGGGGAGCAGUGAAGGUUCUGGCAAAGCACCAGACCCUUUGGCACACAUCCCAGAAUCACUGCGGGAGAGGUGUCAAAUUAUUGACACACGAAGGAUGGAGGAGCUCACCGCUCCGCCUGCUAAAACACCCAAGUCCGUCGAUAAGACGCCAAGCCUGCACACUUCCGGCACGGUUGCUGCACCUACUUCUGAGCCUAAAAGAAAAGACGAGGCUAACUGGACCCGCUUCUCCAUAGAGCGUACCGGGGAGAAGGUGAUCAUUAGAUUUUUAGUGCCUGACAGUGUGGGCUCACUUCAUGACAUUGAUCUCUCUGCAACAAAAGACACACUGGAGAUUAAUGGAAGCGUAACUCAGCUGCCAGUGCCUAUCGUGACGGAUGACGUGCGGGCCAAAUUUGUCAAAGCCACACGGAUCUUGAUCGUGACAUGUCUGAUUGAUUUAUCAUAA